UCACACAAGAUGGCGGAGGUUAAACUGCAGCAGGAGCAGCAGCUGAGCGGGUGAAGGGGAGCGGAGAGGAAGCAGGACUGCUAGAAGAAACCCGUCGAGGGGAGGCUGCUUUUGCAGCCUGGAGAGAAAAGAAGAAAGGAUGUCGUCUCCUUCUUUUUACCUCGACGCUCAGCUGCGAUUUCAUGACAAAUGGCUGAAGAUCGAUUUGCAGCGCGCGUUUUCUUACGAAGGCCUGAGCGAGAUGUGGAACGAGAUGGUUAAAGACGAAGAGAUCGUCUUCAACCGUGAGGAAUCUGCCUAUCCGGAGGACUCUGCGGACUGUCCCGGCGUUCAGAAGAAGGACGAGUCCAACGACAAAGAGAAGAAAGAGGAGGAGGAGUCAUUUUCGUCACCCAUUCAUCAUUCCAUUAUCGAGACGUGGGAUUGGGGAAGGCAGCCAGAUGAAGGAGAGCUGAAGGACUGCCUCAUGGUUCUCGUGGAUGACCAGCAGAAACUGGCGGCCCAGACAUCUAAGAACACCCUGUCUGCACGGCGUCUGAGCCAGCGGCUGCUCAUCCUGGAGCGCUACCUCAUCUCCCUCAGCCACAGCAUGAUGGAGGAGAAGUACAAAGUCCGCUGGAAGACUCCGCCCAGCCCUCCGCUGCCCACCGUCGAUAACAAGAGCACUCGUCCCGUGAGUAAAGGAGUGGAGGGUCUGGCUCAAGUCGGCUCCAGGGCUGCUCUUUCUUUCGCCUUUGCGUUCCUCCGACGAGCCUGGAGAUCCGGUGACGACGCAGAUCUGUGCAGUGAGCUGCUGCAGGAGUCUCUGGAUGCCCUGCGUGCCCUCCCCGAGGCCACGCUGUACGAUGAGAGCACCGUGUCUUCCGUGUGGCUGGAGGUUGUCGAGAGAGCUACCAAGUUCCUCAGUGAAGUGCACGGAGGCGGAAUCGGUAAAGCUCCUCCUGGCAUUCCACUGCAGGAUCAGCACCUGGCCCUGGCUAUUCUCCUGGAGCUGGCUGUUCAGAGAGGAACGCUCAGCCAGCUGUUGUCGGCUGUGCUCUUGCUCCUGAGGCUGUGGGACAGAGGCACUAGAGAGAUGGAUAAUGAGCGUUCCAGCCAGGGCACCAGCGCCCCCUUAUUGCCCCUGCUACAUCGCUUUCAGAACAUCCAUGGCAGCAAGGAAGAACCUAUCUCUGAGGAGGAGCUGGAGAUUUUAUCUGCCCCGCUGAGCCCGAACGAGAGUUUCCUGCGCUACCUGAAUCUGCCCCAGGACAACGAGCUGGCUAUCGACCUGAGGCAGACGGCUGUGGUCAUCAUGGCUCACCUGGACCGCCUUUCCGUGCCCUGUAGCCCCCCGCCGUGCAGCUCGCCCACCUCUAGCAAGAACCACGGCCCUGUGCAGAGUACUCUGCAGGAGGUGAUUGGCUGGGGGUUGCUGGGAUGGAAAGUCUACGCCAAUCUGAAUGGACCAAUCCAGUGUAAAGCUCUGUCUAACCUGGGCGUGACUCAGAUCGUGUGCUCGGAGAAAGGCUUCCUCCUGCUGUCCAUCUCGGGAGCAGUGUACAGUCAGAAUUAUAAAAGCACCACUCUCUCCCCUAUGCUUCUACAUGGCCUGGCAUCCAGGAAGAUUAUGAAGCUGGCCGCUCACCCUGAGGGUCAGCACUACCUUGCUCUGUCCUCUAACGGAGAGGUUUUCUCCUGGGGGUGUGGAGACGGAGGACGUCUGGGACACGGAGACACUACGUAUUUAGAAGAGCCGACGAUCAUCACUGCUUUUUCCGAGAGACCGGCCGGGAAGCACGUGGUUCACGUGGCGUGUGGAAGCACCUACAGCGCAGCCAUCACUGCAGACGGAGCGCUGUACACGUGGGGGCGAGGAAACUACGGCCGUCUGGGACAUGGUUCCAGUGAGGACCAGAACACACCCAUGCUGGUGACUGCGCUGAAGGGGCUGAAGGUCAUUGAUGUGGCCUGUGGAAGUGGAGAUGCACAGACGCUUGCGGUCACAGAGAAUGGUCAGGUGUGGUCAUGGGGAGAUGGUGAUUACGGGAAGCUGGGUCGAGGAGGCAGUGAUGGCUGUAAGAGCCCGAAGCUGGUGGAGAAGCUGCAGGAUCUAGACAUCGUGAAGGUGUGCUGUGGAAGUCAGUUCUCGGUGGCGCUCACUAAAGACGGACUGGUGUACACGUGGGGUAAAGGGGACAACCAGAGACUGGGUCACGGCACCGACGAACACGUCCGCUACCCAAAACUGCUGGACAGCCUGCAAGGUAAAAAGGUGGUGGACAUUGCUGUGGGCUCCACACACUGCCUGGCCCUUACUGAAGAUGGAGAAGUUCACAGCUGGGGAAGUAACGAUAAACUCCAGCACUUUGACACGCUCUUCUCCAACAAGAAGCAGCCUAAAGCUCUUCCUGGACUCAAUUCCAAACACAUCGUGGGCAUUGCCUGUGGUCCCGGACAGAGUUUUGCGUGGUCCUCAUGCUCGGAGUGGUCUGUGGGGCUGCGCGUGCCCUUCGUGGUGGACGUCUGCCUCAUGACGUUUGAGCAGCUGGACCUGCUGCUGCGUCAGACCAGCGAGGGGAUGGAUGGGAGCUCGGAAUGGCCUCCUUCUCAGGAGAAGGAGUGUAUGGUGGUGGCUACACUUAACCUACUACGACUGCAGCUCCACUCUGCGAUCAGUAAUCAGUUGGACCCGGAGGAGCUGGGGUUGGGGCUGGGCAGCAGUCUGCUCAACAGCCUGAAGCAGACGGUGGUGACGCUGGCCAGCAACGCCGGGGUGCUGAACACGGUGCAGGCGGCUGCGCAGGCUGUGCUCCAGAGUGGCUGGUCAGUGCUCUUACCCACUGCUGAGGAACGAGCCAGAGCUUUGUCCUCUCUGCUACCCAACACGGCUUCCAGCCAUGAGAUGAGUGUGAGUCCAGGCCGGCGAUUUAUGAUUGACCUUCUGGUCAGCAGUUUAAUGGCAGACGGUGGGCUGGAGUCCGCUCUGAAUGCUGCCAUCACGGCUGAGAUUCAGGACAUCGAAGCUAAGAAGGAAGCACAGAAAGAGAAGGAGAUUGAUGAGCAGGAGGCCAACGCCUCCACCCUGCACCGCUGUCGCACCACCCUUGAUAAAGACCUCAUCAACACUGGCAUCUACGAGUCGGCCAGCAAACAGAGUUUACCUCUGGUCCAGCUUGUCCAGCAGUUGCUCAGGAACAUGGCGUCACAGACGAUAGCUCGUCUAAAAGAUGUGGCACGACGUAUCUCUCACUGCCAGGAUGCAGAGCAGGUGAGUAAAGAGCGCUCGGCUUCGCUCGACCUGCUGCUCCGCUUCCAGAGACUCCUGAUCUGUAAACUCUACGUGGGCGUGAGCGGCUCCAAUGGAGUCGGAGAUUACACUCUGACCCAGUCUGAGAUACUUGGAGUGGGCUCUCUGCUGAAGAAGUACAUUGCGUUGUUGUGUACACACAUUGGUGACAUCCUGCCUGUGGCCACCAGCAUCGCCUUCAACAGUCACCGUCACUUUGCUGAAGUGUCCCACGUCAUCGAGGGAGAUCUUACAGGUGUCCUCCUCCCCGAGUUGGUGGUGUCCAUCAUUCUGCUGCUGACUCUGGAUUCAGGUCUGAUGCAGGACACUGGCUCCGUCCCUCUACUCGCUGCACUGCUCGAACCCCUGGAUCGCUUUAACCACCUCGCUCCCGGCAACGACAGAGACGACAACGAGGACCUGGCCUGGCCCGGCCUCAUGGGGUCGUUCUUCACAGGACCGGGCACGAGGAACAACGAAGAGGUCUCGCUUAUACGCAAAGCAGACCUGGAGAACCAUAACAAAGACGGCGGCUUCUGGACCGUUAUCGACGGGAAAGUCUACGACAUCAAAGACUUCCAGGCCCAGUCUCUCACUGGGAACACCAUCCUCGCUCAGUUUGCUGGUGAGGACCCUGUGGUGGCUUUAGAAGCUGCGCUGCAGUUUGAGGACACGCGAGAGUCCAUGCAGGCUUUCUGCGUUGGGCAGUACAUAGAGCCCAAUCAGGAGACCAUAACCACCCCGGACCUGAGCAGCCUGUCCUCGCCACUGAUAGACACUGAGAGGAACCUCGGCUUACUCCUGGGGCUGCAUGCUUCUUACCUGGCACUGAGUACACCUCUGUCACGCAUGGAGCUAGAAUGUGCCAAAUGGCUGCAGUCCUCCAUCUUCUGCGGAGGCCUUCAGACCAGUCAGAUCCACUAUAAUUAUAAUGAGGAGAAGGAUGAGGACCACUGCAGUUCUCCAGGGACCACGACGCCUGAUAAAGCCAAGCUGUACUCUUGCAGAAUGACGCUGAGUGACCAUGCACAGCCUUUCCUGCAGGCCAUUGCUGACAACACUACGCAGGACCACACUGUGAAGGACUUUUUAUGCCAAAUUGAACGCUGCUGUAAGCAGUAUCACCUCAUCACUCCCAUCACCUUUCCCCCGGAGCACCCUGUGGAGGAAGUGGGUCGCCUCCUGCUCUGCUGCCUUCUCAAACACCAGGAUCUUGGUCAUGUGGCCCUCACACUCGUCAAUCAAUGUGCCUUGCCUGUGGACCAGGGGAAGCAGAGGUCCCUCCCAAGAUCUGUGAUUGAUGUCUGUCGAAUGGUCUAUCAGGCCAAAUGCUCUUUAAUCAAAACCCAUCAGGAGCAAGGUCGCUCAUAUAAGGAGGUGUGCGCUCCCGUGAUCGAGCGGCUGCGUUUCCUCUUUAACGAGCUGAGGCCGGCCGUCAGUAACGACCUGUCUAUCGUGUGCAAGCUGAAGCUGUUGAGCUCGCAGCCUCGCUGGAAGACCAUCACGCGGAAACUGAUCAGAGAGCACAGGAAGAAGAGAGUGCCUAAGAAAUCUGAGUCUGCGGAUGUAGACGAGAGUAAGCAGGACAGAGAAGGGACCAAUGAGGAGGAGCCCCUUCCAGUUCCUGUCAGUUCUACACCUGUGGACAAGAAGCAGACCAUCAAAUCGUCCAAGGAUAAAUGGCAGCCGCUGCUGAACACGGUGGUGAAUGUUCAGAAGUUUCGCUGGCUGAAGCACAGCGUGCACGGCCCAUGCUCUCAGUCCAGCCUCAUGAGCACCAUCGUGGAGUUCGCUCUCAAAGAGGAGCCUCUCGACGUGGAGAAGAUGAGGAAGUGCCUCCUCAAGCAGCUGGAGAGGGCGGAGGUGAGGCUGGAGGGUAUCGACACAAUGCUGAAGCUCGCAUCCAAAAACUUCCUGCUUCCAUCUGUGCAGUACGCCAUGCUCAGCGGCUGGCAAAGGGUUGUCCCUGAAGGUCCUAACAUAGGCGAGCCUCUGAGCGACUGUCUGAAGGAUGUGGAUCUGAUUCCUCCCUUCAACCGCAUGCUCCUGGAGGUCACCUUCGGAAAGCUGUACACGUGGGCCAUCCAGAACAUCCGCAACAUCCUUCUGGAGGCCAGCGUCCGGUUUAAAGAACUGGGAGUUCAGCCGGUUCCUCUGCUGACCAUCACGAACGAGAACCCAGCUGGCCCCAGUCUGGGCACGGUUCCUCAGGCACGGUUCCUCCUGGCCAUGCUGCACAUGCUGACCCUCAAGCAUGGACCGAACAGCCUCAGCCUGCUGCUCAACUCGGGAGCGCUAGCUCUCACACAGAGCGUACUCCGCCUCAUCGGUCCGAGUUCAGACAGUAAUGAGGAGGAGCUGGCUUUAGGAGUUCAUGGAGGCUCGGCUACAGUGCUGGAGGAGACGAGGAAAGAGACCGCCCCGGCCCCUUUGCCCGCCUCCGGCCCUGAGCUCGCCGCCAUGAUGAAGAUCGGCACCAGAGUGAUGAGAGGGCAGGACUGGAAAUGGGGCGAUCAGGACGGCCCGGCCCCGGGUCUGGGGCGUGUGAUCGGGGAACUCGGGGAGGACGGAUGGAUCCGUGUGCAGUGGGACACCAGCAGCACAAACUCCUACAGGAUGGGCAAAGAGGGCAAAUAUGAUCUGAAGCUGGCGGAGCCUCCUCCUGUCACACAGCCUCCCACCGAGGACUCGGACACGGAGGACGACAUCGGUGAGCACUUCAUUCCCCCCCAUGGACCGUUCGUUACUAGGACUCAGCAUGUCAUCUCAAACCUGAACGGUGAAGUGAGUGAGAAGAACACGCACCCGACGGCCAUCAUGCUGAGCAGCACGGUGAACCUGCUGAAAACCCUGGCGUUGUCAUCGGGGAUCCAUGCCGAGGUGAUGCAGGCCGAAGCCGCCAGGACGCUGUGCGGUCUCCUGCGCGUGCUGGUCGAGAGCGGAACCAACGACCAGACCGGGUGCCCGUCUCAUCGGCUGGUGUGCCGGGAGCAGCACCGGAAUUGGUGUACCUUGGGAUUUAUCCGCAGCAUAGCGAUGAUGCCUCAGAUGUGCAGCACGCUGAGCUCCUCAGCUUGGAUCAACCUUCUCAUACGUAUAGUCGAGGGGCAUCAGUCGUUCACCGCCGUCAUGCUACAGAGACAGAUCCUGGCUCUGCGCCUGCUCCAGGCCGUGCUGCCAUCCUGGGAAAAAACGGAGCGCUCUCAGGAUAUGAAGUUUCUCGUGGAAAAGCUGUUCGGUUUCCUCGGAAGCCUCCUGAGCACCUGUUCCUCAGACCUUCCGCUCCUCAGAGAAGGUUCCCUGCGCAGGAGGAAGUCCCGCCCCCAGGCGUCUCUGACUGCCACUCACAGCAGCACACUGGCCGAGGAGAUUGUGGCAGUCCUGCGUACACUGCACUCUCUUCACCAAUGGAACGGCCUCAUUAACGAAUACAUUAACUCCCAGCUCAGGGGGAUCGGAGACAUGAUGGCUGGACGAGUCUCAGAAGUGACGCAGCUGGAGGAGUAUUUACCCAACGCAGACGCCCCAGUGGUGGGCAGUCUGAUGGCCGUGCUGGCAGUGAUCGGUGGGAUCGAUGGACGUCUGCGUCUGGGAGGUCAGGUGGUCCACGAGGAGUACGGAGAAGGCACGGUCACACGCAUCACUCCCAAAGGACGCAUCACGGUGCAGUUUUAUGAAAUGAGGACGUGCCGAGUGUGUCUGCUCAGCCAGCUUAAACCGUUGCCCGUGGUUUCGUUCAGUGUUCAGAACCUGCCCUUCACCGAGCCCAUGCUUGCCGUGUGGGCUCAACUCGUCAACCUGGCAGGAAGCAAACUGGAGAAACAGCGCAUGAAGAAAUCCCUCAGCAGAGGACUCGCAGCAGAUCAGGUGGAUGUACACUUGUUGCGCUGUCAGCAGCUGAGGCUUUACAUCUUGAAGGCAGCUCGAGCUCUUCUUCUACACCAGGAUAAACUCCGACAGAUCCUGUCUCAGCCCGCCGUGUUGGACUCCAUCCCCACCCCUGCUGAGGAGCAGGGUGUGUCUUCUCCAGAUGUGGGUGAUUUAUCUCCUGAAGGUCCUCUUCCUCCUCUCAUCCUGCUCCAGCAGCUCCUCUCCUCUGCCACUCAGCCCUCACCCAUUAAAGCUAUUUUCGACCGUCAGGAGCUGGAGGCGGCUGCUCUGGCCGUGUGUCAGUUCCUGGCUGUGGAAUCCACUCACCCAUCGUCUCCACUGUUCGAGGACAGCAGCUCGAGCGAGGCCACUACGCCCCUCACCGUGCAGCACGUCCGUCCUCCAAAACAGAAGAAGCACAAGAGCUCCCCGGUUCCUCCUGCUCCCAUCGUCCUGCAGCUCAUGGAGAUGGGCUUCCAGAGGAAAAACAUCGAGUUCGCUCUCAAAUCGCUGUCAGGAUCCACAGGAGGCACCACCGGUGUCCCAGGUGUAGAGGCGUUGGUCGGUUGGUUGUUGGAUCACCCUGAAGUUCCUGUUACGGAGUUGUCUGAUGCGGACACGGUGUCUGAUGAAUAUUCUGACGAAGAGGUGCUGGAGGAACUGGAGGAGCCUGAAGCAGCUUUCUCUGUGCCUCCUGGUGUUGUGGUUACAGAGAGUCAAACAUUUAAGAAGAGAUCAGAUUUCCAGAGUAAUGAUGACUAUGCUGUGUACAUCCGGGAGAACAUCCAGGUGGGAAUGAUGGUGAAGUGUUGCAGGACGUAUGAAGAGGUAUAUGAGGGAGAUGUGGGUAAAGUGAUAAAGCUGGACCGAGACGGGUUACACGACUUGAACGUUCAGUGUGACUGGCAGCAGAAAGGAGGAACCUACUGGGUCCGCUACAUUCAUUCUGAACUACUGGGGUUUCCUCCUCAGAGCUCUCCGUCUCACAUUAAGAUUGGGGAUAAGGUGCGAGUGAAGCAGUCAGUCACUACACCGAAGUACAAGUGGGGCUCCGUGACUCACAGGAGUGUGGGUGCAGUCAAGGCCUUUAGUGCCAAUGGAAAGGAUGUAAUAGUGGAUUUCCCUCAGCAGUCCCACUGGACAGGACUGCUGUCUGAGAUGGAGCUGGUGCCGAGCGUUCACCCCGGAGUCAGGUGUGAUGGCUGUCAGAUGUUCCCCAUUAAUGGACCCAGGUUCAAGUGCCGGAGCUGCGACGACUUUGAUUUCUGUGAAAGCUGCUUCAAAACGCGCAAACACAACCCCAGACAUUCGUUCGGACGCAUUAAUGAACCAGGUCAGUCUCCAGCGUUUAGCGGGCGCUCGGGGAAGCAGCUGAAGAGACACCACAGCAGCCAGCGGGGAAUGCUGAUAGACGAUUGGUCCAGAGCUGUGAGGAACCUCAGCGUGUCAUCUUCUAUUAACCAGGCGUCUCGUCUUAUUGACUCUGGAGAUCAGUGCUGGCAGUCAUCUGGAUCUCAGGGCAAGCACUGGAUCAGGUUGGAGCUCUUCCCUGAUGUUCUGGUGCACAGGCUGAAGAUGGUGGUAGAUCCAGCAGACAGCAGCUACAUGCCUUCGCUGGUGGUGGUGUCAGGUGGAAGUUCACUAAACAACCUGAUCGAGCUGAAGACCAUCAACAUUAACCCUACAGACACUACAGUAUCUUUACUAAACGACUGCACUGAGUUUCACAGAUACAUAGAGAUCGCUAUUAAGCAGUGUCGCAGCUCAGGGAUCGACUGCAAGAUCCACGGGCUGUGCAUUGUGGGUCGUAUUCGCGCUGAGGACGAGGAUCUGGCAACCGUGCCAUUCUUGGCGUCGGAUAAUGAGGAAGAGGAAGACGAUAAAGCGGCUACGGGGAGUCUCGCACGGAAAAGAUCUUCAGGCAUGGAGUCUGCAGCUUCCAUCAGAACCAAAGUGUUUGUUUGGGGUCUUAAUGACAAGGACCAGCUGGGUGGGCUUAAAGGGUCAAAGAUCAAGGUUCCCUCGUUUUCCGAGACUCUGUCUGCUCUGAAUGUGGUGCAGGUGUCUGGAGGCUCCAAGAGUCUUUUCGCAGUGACUGCGGAGGGAAAGGUGUACGCAUGCGGGGAAGCCACUAACGGAAGGCUGGGUCUGGGUCUGAGCAGUGGCACCAUUCCCAUCCCGCGCCAGAUCACUGCUCUUAGUAACUACGUAGUGAAGAAAGUGGCUGUUCAUUCAGGUGGACGCCAUGCCAUGGCUUUGACAGUGGAUGGAAAAGUGUUCUCGUGGGGUGAAGGAGAUGAUGGUAAACUCGGGCAUUUCAGUAGAAUGAACUGCGAUAAACCUAGGCUGAUUGAAGCUCUGAAGACGAAGCGCAUUCGGGACAUCGCCUGUGGGAGCUCGCACAGUGCCGCCAUUACCUCCAGCGGAGAGCUGUACAGCUGGGGUCUGGGGGAGUACGGGCGUCUGGGGCACGGAGACAACACCACGCAGCUCCGACCCAAACUAGUGAAGGUGUUGUUGGGACAUCGGGUUAUCCAGGUGGCUUGUGGGAGUCGGGACGCACAAACUCUGGCUCUGACAGACGAAGGUCUGGUGUUCUCCUGGGGAGACGGAGACUUCGGGAAGCUGGGUCGUGGAGGCAGCGAGGGCUGCAACAUCCCUCAGAACAUCGAGCGUCUGAACGGACAGGGCGUGUGUCAGAUAGAGUGUGGAGCUCAGUUCUCUCUCGCUCUCACCAAAUCAGGAGUGGUGUGGACCUGGGGUAAAGGUGAUUACUUCCGGCUGGGUCACGGGACAGACGUUCACGUGAGGAAGCCUCAGAUGGUGGAGGGUCUGAGAGGGAAGAAGAUUGUUCAUGUGGCUGUAGGAGCUCUGCACUGUCUGGCUGUUACAGACACAGGACAGGUGUACGCGUGGGGUGAUAACGACCAUGGGCAGCAGGGGAACGGGACGACCACGGUGAACCGGAAGCCCACUCUUGUGCAGGGACUGGAGGGUCAGAAGAUCACGCGGGUGGCGUGCGGCUCAUCUCACAGCGUGGCCUGGACCACCGUGGACGUCACCACGCCGUCUGUUCACGAACCGGUUCUCUUCCAGACGGCCAGAGACUCGCUCGGGGCCUCAUACCUGGGUGUGCCUUCAGACAGCGACCCGUCCUCCCUGAGUAAUAAGCUAAGCGGUCAGAACAGCGCCAAGUCCAGCAGGCCGUCUCUGGCCAAAAUUCUGCUGUCUCUGGACGGGAAUCUGGCUAAGCAGCACGCUCUGUCUCAUGUCCUUUCUGCUCUGCAGAUAAUCUAUGCUAGGGACGCGGUGGUAGCAGCUCUCAUGCCCUCCUGUAUGAUGCCAGUGGAAUGCCCGUCCACCUCUCCGGUCCCGCCCUCCGAUUGCUCAUCCGUCUCCAGCCCCUCUGAAGCUGAAGGACCUCCUUUGAACUUCGACCCCGAGGAGCGCACCAGCCCGCACCCGUGGCAGGACAGCAGAAAGGGGGAGGUGGCGUCUUCUGAAGAUGCCGUUACCCCGUCAUCUGCCGUGACCCCCUCGGCAGCGGCCGCUUCCUCUCGGCCCUUCAUCCCCGUCACAGACGACCCCGGUGCAGCCAGCAUCAUUGCCGAGACCAUGACCAAGACCAAAGAGGACUCCGAGAGCCAGAAUAAAGCCUCCGGCCCCGAACCUCAGUACCUGGACGAGUUCUCCAGUCUGCUUGUUCCUGAUGAUACACGUGUGAUGGUUGAUCUGCUGAAGCUGGCUGUGAAUCUGCGCUCAGGAGAGAAGGGGAAGGAAGUGCUGUCUGCAGUGCUGUCUGGAAUGGGCACCGCCUACCCACAGGUGGCUGACAUGUUACUGGAGCUGUGUGUGACUGAGCUGGAGGACGUGGCCACGGAUUCUCAGAGCGGCCGUCUGUCCUCUCAGCCUGUGGUGGUGGAGAGCAGUCACCCCUACACUGACGACACCUCCACCAGCGGAACAGUCAAAAUCCCAGGUGCGGAGGGUCUGCGAGUUGAGUUUGACCGACAGUGUUCUACAGAGAGGAGACAUGACCCGCUGACCGUCAUGGACGGAGCCAAUAGAAUCGUCUCUGUUCGAUCAGGGCGUGAGUGGUCAGACUGGUCAAGCGAGUUGAGGAUUCCAGGAGACGAGCUGAAAUGGAAGUUCACCAGUGACGGCUCUGUGAAUGGCUGGGGCUGGCGCUUCACUGUCUAUCCAAUCAUGCCUGCAGCGGGUCCUAAAGACCUCCUGUCCGAUCGCUGCAUCCUGUCCUGCCCAUCUAUGGACUUAGUGACCUGCCUGCUGGACUUCCGUCUUAACUUCGCCUCGAACCGUAGCAUCGUGCCGCGCCUUGCUGCUUCACUGGCCGCCUGCGCGCAGCUCAGCGCUCUGGCGGCCGGACAUCGUAUGUGGGCCCUGCAGAGGUUACGCAAACUCCUGACUACUGAAUACGGCCAGUCCAUAAACAUUAACCGGCUGCUCGGGGAUGGUGAAGGAGAGGCUCGAUCUGUGAGUUUUACAGGCAGUGCUCUUGCAGCUUUGGUGAAGGGGCUUCCAGAGGCUCUUCAGAGGCAGUAUGAGUAUGAGGACCCUAUUGUCAGAGGAGGCAAACAGCUCCUUCAUAGCCCAUUCUUCAAGGUAUUGGUAGCUCUCGCGUGUGAUCUGGAGUUGGACACUCUUCCCUGCUGUGCCGAGACCCAUAAGUGGGCGUGGUUUCGACGCUACUGCACCGCCUCUCGAGUGGCCGUGGCUUUGGAUAAGCGAACGCCCCUGCCACGCCCAUUCCUGGAUGAGGUCGCAAAAAAAAUCCGCGAGCUGAUGGCGGACCACGAGAACAUGAACGUGCUUCACGAGAGCCACGAACUGUUCAAGAGAGAACACGAUGAACAGCUGGUGCAGUGGAUGAACAGGCGUCCGGACGACUGGACUCUAUCAGCGGGAGGUAGCGGCACCAUCUACGGCUGGGGUCACAACCAUCGAGGACAACUAGGUGGCAUAGAAGGGGCAAAGGUGAAAGUCCCGACGCCGACGGAGGCCCUCGCCACGCUGCGGCCCGUUCAGCUGAUCGGAGGAGAACAAACGCUGUUCGCCGUCACGGCAGAUGGCAAGCUCUAUGCUACGGGUUACGGAGCCGGAGGGCGUCUGGGGAUCGGUGGCACAGAGUCCGUGUCCACUCCGACUCUACUGGAGUCCAUCCAGCAUGUGUUCAUCCGCAAGGUGGCGGUGAACUCCGGGGGAAAACACUGUCUGGCCCUGUCCUCUGAGGGAGAGGUCUACUCCUGGGGAGAGGCAGAGGAUGGAAAACUCGGCCAUGGAAAUAGGAGCCCGUGUGAUCGUCCGCGAGUGAUCGAGUCUCUGAGAGGGGUUGAGGUUGUGGAUAUCGCUGCAGGAGGAGCUCACAGCGCCUGUAUCACAGCCAGCGGAGAGCUCUACACCUGGGGCAAGGGCCGCUACGGCCGCCUGGGACACGGAGACAGCGAGGACCAGCUCAAACCCAAACUGGUGGAUGCUCUGCAGGGACACAGGGUGAUAGACGUAGCGUGUGGCAGCGGUGACGCUCAGACUCUGUGUUUGACGGAUGAUGACAUGGUGUGGUCGUGGGGAGACGGAGAUUACGGCAAGCUGGGACGAGGAGGCAGUGACGGCUGUAAAGUGCCCAUGAAGAUUGACUCUCUGACAGGACUGGGUGUAGUGAAAGUGGAGUGCGGUUCACAGUUCUCCGUCGCGCUCACCAAAUCUGGAGCUGUGUACACAUGGGGAAAAGGCGACUACCACAGGCUCGGUCACGGCUCAGACGAUCAUGUCCGCAGACCCCGGCAGGUCCAGGGCUUGCAGGGCAAAAAGGUGAUCGCUAUAGCAACCGGCUCUCUUCAUUGCGUCUGCUGCACCGAAGACGGAGAAGUGUAUACGUGGGGUGAUAACGAUGAGGGUCAGCUGGGAGAUGGGACCACCAACGCCAUCCAGAGACCCAGGCUUGUAGGAGCUUUGCAGGGCAAGAAGAUCAACAGGGUGGCCUGUGGUUCCGCACACACACUCUCAUGGUCCACCAGCAAACCCACCAACGCCGGCAAACUUCCUGCUCAGGUUCCCAUGGAGUAUAACCACCUGCAGGAGAUCCCCAUCAUGGCCCUGAGGAACAGAUUGCUCCUCCUGCACCAUAUCUCUGAGCUUUUCUGCCCCUGCAUUCCAAUGUUCGAUCUGGAGGGGCGUCUCGGUCAGACCGGACACGGACCUUCUGUGGGUUUCGACACACUCCGGGGCAUCCUCAUCUCACAGGGAAAGGAGGCUGCGUUUCGGAAGGUUGUGCAGGCUACGAUGGUGAGAGACCGACAACAUGGACCAGUCGUAGAGCUCAACAGAAUUCAGGUGAAGCGUUCACGCAGUAAAGGAGGUCUCGCCGGACCCGACGGUACCAAAUCCGUGUUCGGACAGAUGUGCGCCAAGAUGAUCUCCUUCAGCCCCGACAGCCUGCUUCUGCCUCAUCGUGUCUGGAAGGUCAAGUUCGUAGGUGAGUCUGUAGAUGACUGUGGAGGAGGCUACAGUGAGUCCAUAGCGGAGAUGUGCGAGGAGCUACAAAACGGUCUCACUCCUCUUCUCAUCGUCACUCCGAACGGCCGAGACGAGUCGGGCGCCAACAGAGACUGCUUCCUGCUCAACCCUGCAGCUAAAAGUCCACUCCACAUGAGCAUGUUCCGCUUCUUAGGAGUACUCCUGGGUAUCGCGAUCCGAACAGGAAGUCCUCUCAGCUUGUACCUGGCUGAACCCGUCUGGAAGCAGCUCGCCGGCAUGAACCUCACCAUUGCAGAUCUCAGUGAGGUGGAUAAAGACUUUAUCCCUGGUCUGAUGUACAUCAGAGAUAAUGAGGCAUCGGCAGAGGAGUUUGAGGCGAUCCCUCUGCCCUUCACCGUGCCCAAUGCUUGUGGACAGGAGGUCCAGCUCAGCUCCAAACAUGCUCACAUCAGCCUGGACAACCGAGCCGAGUACGUCCGCCUUGCCAUCAACUACAGGUUGCAUGAGUUUGAUGAGCAGGUGGCUGCUGUGAGAGAAGGUAUGGCUCGGGUGGUUCCUGUUCCGCUUCUCUCUCUCUUCACUGGGUAUGAGCUGGAGACCAUGGUAUGUGGCAGUCCUGACAUCCCGCUUCACCUGCUGAAAUCGGUAGCUACGUAUAAAGGGGUGGAGCCAACGGCGCCACUAAUCCAGUGGUUCUGGGAAGUGAUGGAGUCCUUCUCCAACACGGAACGCUCGCUCUUCCUCAGGUUUGUGUGGGGACGAACACGCCUCCCCAGGACCAUCGCUGACUUCCGGGGACGGGACUUCGUGGUGCAGGUGUUGGAUAAGUACAACCCUCCAGACCACUUCCUCCCGGAGUCGUACACGUGCUUCUUCCUGCUCAAGCUUCCUCGUUACUCCUGUAAACUGGUGCUGGAGGAGAAACUGAAGUACGCCAUUCACUUCUGCAAGUCCAUCGACACGGACGACUACGCUCGCAUCGCUCUGACCGGAGAGCCGGCCGCAGACGACUCCACAGACGACUCAGACAACGACGACGCCGACUCCUUCGCCUCCGACUCCACACAGGACUACCUGACUGCACACUGACACACACACACACACACACACACACACACACACACACACACACACACACACAAGAGAGCGUCGUCAAAAAUGCUGCCAAGAAAAAAAAACAAAAGGAGAGAAGGAAACAAAAACGCAAGAUGUCUGUUUAAAUUUCACACACACACACACACACACACACACACACACACACACACACACACACACACGUAUCUGUACUACCACGACUAAAAUGUUUGUGCAAUUAGCUUUAAAAGCACUAUAAGCUGAUGAAGAGAAAUUUUUUUUAGUUUAUUUAAAUAAAAAAAUGAAGCAGCGCUCGAGACGAGACGAAUUGGACAUCGUUUGUUUGUUCGAUCGAUUGUAGACAAUGUGUUUGUAUUUUUUUUUCUGGACCGUGUAGCCUAGCACUGUGCAGACGCCCCCCGAUGGACACUCUGCUCCGUUACAGCCGCUUCUCCGUCGCAGUGUUUAUUUUUUUGUUUUGUUUUAUUUUAUUUGCGAAUAACCCGAGUCGUCUUCGCUCCGAUUGCUCGGCGUCGGUGUUCUAUUAACUGGAGCUCAUUCAGGGGGUUGUUUUCAAGGCGUCGGUCUCCGUAUGACGUUUCCUCCAUCCCUCAGAGAAUCGCCUACUUUGUGUCAGUGUGUGUGUUCGGCUUCCUGACAGACGUGUAAAUAAUGUUAUCGUGCCAUGUGUUCAUAAGGCGUCUCAUUCCAAUGUAAUAAUGUUAAUAAAAUAAACAUUAAACUCAAA